AUGCCUUCUCCUGCCAAGACUGCUUCCUUGGAUGAACUUCUUCGCCGGACCAACUUUGAUUGGGCUGAAGAUGUCGAAGACGCUAUAGCUAAGGAGAAUCUACCUAUAGUCAUUCCGAAGUCUAUUAAUCACCGCGUCGUUGAUACGGCCUGGUACAACGAGCGUUUCCCGACCCCCAAUCACGCUCCCAUCCCCCAAUUUCAGCCGUCCGAUCCAACCCUAUAUGAAGAGGUGUGGGAUGAGCUGUGGGGCUGGGCUCAUGGAACUGCAGAUUCAACCUCAAGCCCAUCCGAAGAAAUACAGACUGAGUCCAAUGAGACUACUAGCGCAUCUUCAUGUUACGAGGAGCCUUUUCCCAAAGACGAGUUUCAUCGGGAGCGAUUGACACCAAGCGAUGAAUCCGAAGUCUAUUCAAUUGCACAGCAAUCUGUCGAUAGCAUCUUUGCUGACCGUCAAGCCUGGAUCGAAGCUGACCAGGAAAUACACCAUUUCAACUGGGUGGGGGUGCAAACUUACACCCACAGCGCAACCUCGCCCGGUGAUUCGCUUGCCAUAAUCCUAGCGAACCCUAAGAAUCCCCAAGGAAGCGCCACCUGGAGAAUUCUGUCACUUCUGAACCGAGCGGGUGACUACAUAGACCCUGUUCUUGUACUUCUGGAUGGCACCACAAAUGCCUUGUUCGAGCUCCGGGGGUCAGAGCUUGUACGUGCAUCCACCGGACGGGUCUUCAAGUAUUAUUCCCCUCACGGGAGAUGGAUGGAUGAUCCAAACGACCCAAGCGACGAGACUACGACCGACUUUGGCGAUGUGCAGACUUACGAUGCCCCAGGUUUGGCCAUUGGAAAUGGCUUUGUGGAGUCCAGUGCGAUUCGAUCAGUGUCUCAGUGGGAAGAGUCUCGAAACCAAACCUGCGAUGACUCUCAGAGUGGGCUUCCGCGGAGAAUGACAUGGGAGCCAAAGCCUUCGCCUUUGAGACAAUGUGAAUCCAUUCUACCAGAGAUAACCACCAAUGCACCACAGCCAAAGACCAUCAAGGAAACAAAGAAGCCACAUCGCAAGAUCACGACUUGUAUUGUUGGGGCACCACCUGAGGAGUAUUUCUCUUUCCCCACUCCUGUUUUUGGUCGUCGCAAGGGAAUCAAGUAUGCAUUUGCAAAGGCUCGCCAGGGACUGGCAUCGGCGGUCACAUUCUUUAAAAGGCAAAUUCAGCUAGACAUUUGUUUAUUCUCUGUCUGGUGCAUCGUUUGUGCUUUGCUCCUGGGUUCUGUGUGCUUUUGA